AUGGAAACCAAACCUGACUACCUUCCCUGUGCCUGUGCUACCCUCUCCCUUCUUCCUUCCUCCUCUCUUCACCCCUGCACUCUGCACUGCCCUGCCUCAUCCUCUUCUUCCACCUCCAGCUCCAGCUCCAGCUCAGACCGUUGUGAGGGCGAACUAGGUGAAGUGAAGGUGAGUGACACUCUCUACUCGGUAGCAAGCUAGGUGAAGAUAGUGGAGUAGCAAGCUGCAGGCAGGCGCCAUGCAGUCCGGCUACGGCGGCGUCUCUGAGUUCCAGCAGUACAUCAUGGACCCCGGCGCCUUCGCCAUGUCCGCGCCGCCGCAGCCCGCCCAGGCGGCCGCUGCCGCUGCUGCUGCCGCGGCGGCGGCGGCCGGUGGCCAGGAGCUGGGCGCGCCGUUCAGGUACCAGCCGCUGCACCACCACGCCCUGCCUCAGCACCACCACCACCACCACCCGCCGCCUCAGAUGCCUCCCCACUUGGCGCACUUCGGCGGCGCCGGUGGGAUUCCCUUCACGCAGCAGCUGCUCCACCAGGCGGCCGCCGCCGGCCACCACCCCCACCUCCAGCUCUUCCACGAGCAGCACCACCACCAGAAGCACCAGCAGCAGCCACCGCCCCCGGCUAGGUGGGCCCCGCAGCACCACCACCACCACCACCCGCACCACCAUCUCGGCCUCGACGUCGAGGCGGCCGUUCCGGAGAGCUCCGGUGCCGGCGCCGGGAGCGCUGCCUCCGGCGCCGCCGCCCCUCCGGGCGUCCCUCCGUUCCUGGCCGCCGCCAUGAGCUUCAAGCUGGGGGUCGACGGCGGCGGCGGCAGCGGCGCCACCGGCGGAACGGACGACGCGCUGAACGACGGGGGCGGCGCGGGCAGCGGCAUGAUGCUUCAUGGAGGAGGAGGAGGAGGUGGUGGCGGGGAUGACGAGGCGGCCACGGAGAGCAGGCUCCGGCGGUGGCCGGGGGACGAGGAAACUUCCAUCAAAGAACCGACCUGGCGGCCACUCGACAUCGACUACAUACACAGCAGCAGCAGCAGCAAGAGGGCGCCGCCCAAGGACAAACCCGCCACUCCCGACUCCCCUGCGCCGCCGCCCCCAGCGUAUUACUUCAAGAAUAAGCCCGACGACAAUGCCGCCGCCGCAUCCGCCGCCUCCGCUGGCGCCGUCAACUACAAGCUCUUCAGCGAGCUGGAGGCCAUCUACAAGCCCGGCAGCGGAGGCCCCCAGACGGGCUCCGGCUCCGGCCUCACCGGGGACGACAAUGCCAUGCUCGCGCCGCCCAUGGCUGACCUCCCCGACGCCGCCGCCGCCAACCCGCCGCACCUCAACACGUCCGAGACGUCUGCCGGGGAGGACGCGCACGCCGUGGUGCAGCCGCAGCCGCAGACGCAGCAGCCGUCGGGGGCGGACGCGGCGCGCCGCAAGCGCAAGCGGCGGCGCCAGGAGCAGCUCAGCGCGUCGGCCUCCUUCUUCGAGCGCCUGGUGCAGCGCCUCAUGGAGCACCAGGAGAGCCUCCACCGUCAGUUCCUCGACACCAUGGAGCGCCGGGAGCGGGAGCGCGCCGCCCGCGACGAGGCGUGGCGCCGCCAGGAGGCCGACAAGUUCGCGCGCGAGGCCGCCGCGCGCGCGCAGGACCGCGCCAGCGCCGCUGCACGCGAGUCCGCCAUCAUCGCCUACCUGGAAAAGAUCUCCGGCGAGACCAUCACGCUCCCACCCCCCGCCGCCAACCCCGCUCCGGGCGCCGACGAGCAGGACGGCGUGGGGAAGGAGGUGGUGGCGUACGACGGCGAGGGGUCGCUGCAGCUGAGCUCGUCGCGGUGGCCGAAGCACGAGGUGGAGGCGCUGAUCCGGGUGCGGACGGGGCUGGAGGAUAGGUUCCAGGAGCCAGGGCUGAAGGGCCCCCUGUGGGAGGAGGUGAGCGCGCGCAUGGCGGCGGCGGGCUACCGGCGGAACGCGAAGCGGUGCAAGGAGAAGUGGGAGAACAUCAACAAGUACUUCCGCAAGGCCAAGGAGAGCGGCAAGAAGCGGCCGGCGCACGCCAAGACGUGCCCCUACUUCGACGAGCUCGACCGCCUCUACUCCCGCUCCGGCUCCGGCGGCGGUGGUGGGUCGUCCUCGGCGGGCGGCAAUGGCGGGGAGGAGGCGAAGGGCAGCUCGGAGCUGCUGGACGCGGUGGUGAAGUACCCAGACGUGCGGUGCGCGCCGCCGGGUUUCCCGUUCGACGGGGAGCAGAACGAGGAAGGGAGGACGAAGGACGACGGCGACGAGGCGCACCAUGAUGGCGACGGCGACGGCGACGAGGAAGACGUUGGCGUUGGCGUUGGGAGAGCGACCGAUGAUCAUGACGACCAAGUGGAUGAGAGCCAUGACGGCCAUUAAUUAACUAGUUUAGUGCUUAUUGCUCUCUCUCCUUCCUUCUCAUCAUUAGCCAUGCAAUUAAGCUUCUUCUGCUGCUUAAUAGCUCUCUCUCUCUCGUCUCAUCGUCUCCUCUCAUUCUCAUCUGCACAAAGAGAGAGAGAGAGAGAUAGUGAUAGCUUGGCUGGGCUCACAAGUCACAGCAUUUUUCUUCUUUUGUUGCUUCUGUUGGUCUCUCUUAGCUAUAUCCAUUAUUCCUUAAUCCUUACAUGUUAAUUAGUGAGUACUGCUUUUUCGCUUAUAUAUGAUAUGAUCAUCUACAACAGAUUAGCUUAUUAAUCA